AUAUAUAUUCUAAAGGGCCCGAUAAAUUGACCAUACCGCACCGUUUCAAUUAGGCGCAGAGAAGUAAUCGGACAAUACAUCUCCAGAUCUCAAAUCCCUUCAUCGACCCACCCACCCGCCAUGGCCUCCUGGCCCGCCUCCUCCGAUCGCUCUAAUCAGGAGGGUGGUGCUGCAAUCCGAAAGAGACAACCAGGACAUCAAGUCAAGUUCUUGAUUCCUCUUAUAUAUGCCCCUGUUCUUCCCCUCAUUCGACUCUCAUUGCGGAAGAAUCCGGUUGUGCGGGACCGCUUGUUUACUGCUGUGCUGGUUGGAGCAUUUGCUCAUGGCUUUUAUUUGGUAACUGAUCUGUAUGAUGCUGAGAGCAAGUAAAUUUCAAGAGCAGGGUUUGAGAUUAUGCAGUAGCUUACACCAACGUGAAUCGUUUUGCGGGUUCUUUCAGCUCUAUGUUCCAACUGCACCAACAUUUACUUUAGGCUAUUUUGAUACAUUGUCUUAGGAUAAUUUCAGAUUAUCUCCAUCUAUUAUGGAGCUAUAUUGAUAACCACAUACUGCGUUUCUUCUUCUUUUCGCCGGCGGGAGAUACAACCGCAAUUACUUUAGGCUAUUUUGAUACAUUGUCUUUGGAUAAUUUCAGAUUAUCUCCAUCUAUUAUGGAGCUAUACUGAUAACCGCAUACUGCGUUUCUUCUUCUUUUCGCCGGCGGGAGAUACAACCGCAAUCUGUUUUCGGCAUAUAAUUGCUAGUGAAUAAAUACAAAUGAGUGAACUGGUUUUGUCAA